CACCAGAACACUCUCCCUUUAGUCACCGAACCCUCGCCGGAGCAUCAAAAUGGUGACGUCAGCCAUUACCGGAGCUUCAGUUAUAACAAACGUCUCUUUACGGCUCCAAACCUCUUCUUCGUCUCUUUUUUCAUCUACUAGAAGUUUAAGGAAACAUAUAGUUUCUGUUCUCCGAAGUCCAUAUUCUGAUUCAUCAGCUAUUGGAUUUUCAAGCAAGAAUCUGAGGACCCCAUUAAAGCUCAAUGAGCACGAAUCUGAUGCUCUUACCAAUUCAAGCUAUGGUGUGAUCGAAGCAAAAAAGGGGGGCAAUCCACCUGUCAUGCCCGCCGUGAUGACACCAGGGGGCCCGUUGGACCUUUCGACAGUGUUAUUCAGGAAUCGAAUUAUCUUCAUUGGACAACCAAUCAACUCCGCAGUUGCUCAGAGAGUUAUAUCACAACUUGUGACCCUUGCAACUAUAGAUGAAAACGCAGAUAUUUUGAUCUAUCUCAACUGUCCUGGUGGAAGCACGUACUCUGUCUUGGCAAUAUAUGACUGCAUGUCAUGGAUAAAGCCUAAGGUUGGGACAGUAUGUUUUGGAGUUGCUGCAAGCCAAGGAGCACUUCUUCUUGCCGGUGGAGAAAAGGGCAUGAGGUAUGCUAUGCCAAAUGCACGUAUAAUGAUUCAUCAACCUCAAAGUGGUUGCGGAGGUCACGUGGAGGAUGUGCGGCGCCAAGUGAACGAAGCGGUUCAAUCUCGCCAGAAAAUCGACAGGAUGUACACUGCCUUCACUGGCCAACCAAUUGAGAAGGUGCAACAGUACACUGAAAGGGAUCGCUUUCUGUCCGUCUCUGAGGCCAUGGAGUUUGGUCUCAUUGAUGGGGUACUAGAAACAGAAUACUAGUUGCAGCUGAAUUGUUUGGAACACAUCAUAGCUAGCUCUCCGAUGAUGAAAAAGAUGCUGUUAAUCAUGAACCACUUCGAAUGACAAGAAGCUGGCUCUUGCAAAUUUGUGUCAUAGUUUCUCACACACUGCAAUACAAUUGAUGAACGUUCAAAAUCUCCUAAAGCAUAAGUUUGAAGAAGGUUACUGAAAGCACACUCUUGUCUUGUAUUACUAUUUUGUCUCUCCUGCAGAUUCACUCAAAGCACCUUUAGAGGUAUUAAUUGAAGUCUUAAUUUAUCAGUUAAUUGCGAUUCAGUCGGAAGAAAGGUGAUCAAACACAGAGCAGAGGCAGGAGGCUGUGGUGUACUUUUUCCAAAUAUAUAUUAAUUGUUUAUCAUCC